GCGUCCGCGUUCUCGGGCGAUGGCACGUUCUACUCUGCAGGCCUUGGCGCUUGCGGGAUCACGAACAGCGACUCGGACAUGAUCGCCGCCAUCUCCGGCGCGACCGGCAACCCCAACUCGAACCCUAUUUGUGGCAAGCAGAUCCGUGCGACCUACGGCUCCUCCUCCGUCGUCGUCGCCAUCACGGACCGCUGCGCUGGCUGCGCGGGCGAGUACGACAUCGACUUCACACCCACCGCGUUCUCCCAGAUCGCCGACCAGGCCCUCGGCCGUGUCGAGAUCACCUGGGAGUUCGUC